UUUUGCAGAUCAAGAAGAUGUCUCAACACACUCACCCAGAUUGCCAACGUGCUAUGGAUGCCCAGGAAGAGCAUGAUGCAGCUGAAAGAGCCGCAAUGAUCGCUGUUUCUCUGAUAAGCAGUGCUCGUGUGAUUGCUAAGCUGGACAGUGAGUACACUGCCUACUCUGCUCAGUUCUUGGUUGACAACGCUGGUCGCAAGGAUGAACCCUCUCCGGAUCCACAACCCCUUACCAUCCAAGAGUGCCUUGCGUAUUUGGUGGACAUCGCUACUCCCAAGCCUGAGUCCGUGGAGAGAGAAGUGGAUGAGCGACGCAACACGCUGACUCUCAAGGACUGCCUCGAGUACGCUAUGAAAGCAGGGCUACCGAAACACGAGUUUUGGACACAUGUGGGAUGUGUGCACAAGCCUCCACCGUUUGCGUCUCGCAUACCUCGUGUUCCCAUGAAUGGUGUGCUGAUUGAGGCUAAGACAUGGGAAGAGGCCUCUAAGUUAAUAAGGCAGCAACCUGUAGGAGCGAGACUUCAUGUGUUCAGUCCUGAGUUUGAUCGUGUCAGAGAUGAAGGAUUUUACGAGGGUCCGUCAGGUCCUGAAUCACGCUAUGUUGGACUAAGAGAUGUGAUGAUAACUGGAAAUGGGACGUUGAAGGGAGGUCCUUAUUUCGAGGUGAAGAUAGUCUACAAGAAGAAGGAGACAUUCCUCAAGGUGUCUUUAACUCGCAAGCUCACCUCACUCCCCAAUGACAGCGGCGAGGAGUCUCAGCUCACUGAGCCGACGGGUCUGCUUGUUGACUUCAUCAUCCCUCGCUUUGCUAAGUAAAUAAACAAGAUCGUAUGUGGUCUUGGUGAGUAAGUAUCUAGAGUCCUUGUUGGUUAAUAAGUAUCAUGAAGACUAUAUGCUAGUUGUGGAGCUCGUUUGUUGUUACAAGACCUUGUUUUAGGAGACUGUUUUAUCUUUGGCUAUGAGUAGACUGUUUUAUCUGAGUAUGAGUAAUGAAG